CGGUCCAAAGACAUGCACGCUUUCCAAAGAAAAACCAGGAAGGAGUUCGCAUGGACUGCAAGAUUGGAGACUUUCACAAACGAUUGCGACAGAUCAGCUCAUGACCCGAGCAUUCUGCAUGUGUCACCGAGUCAUUUAUUCUGUGCAAGAUGUCAAGUCAGAACACAUGUUACUACGAUGAGUCGAUGGAGUUUUUCUACAACAGAAGCCAACCGACGGUUGAAAACUGGGAGUUCACUCAUCUCAUAGUGCUUCGGGUUGUUGGUUGCCUCUUUUGUUGUUUCAUCCUGGUGUCCAACGCAAUGGUCAUCACUGCUGUCAUCACCAACAACCGCUUUCACUACGCAUUCUAUUACCUUGUAGCCAACCUUGCAGCCUCAGACUUUCUUGCUGGGAUUGCAUACGUGUAUCUCAUGUUCAACACAGGUUCAGUGUCCCAAACACUGAGUGUGCAACAGUACUUUCUUCGGCAGGGCCUUUUGGACACGAGCCUCUCAGCAUCACUCACAAAUCUACUGGUUAUUGCUCUGGAACGCUACAUCUCAAUCAUGAACUGGAAAGUACACAGUAACCUUACAAAGCGGCGGGUAACCCUGUUGAUUGUGCUGGUUUGGAUCAUCUCCAUCUUUAUGGGUGCAGUACCAAGUCUGGGCUGGAACUGCAUCUGCAGUAUCGAACAGUGCUCCAUGUUGGCACCAAUCUUCAGCAGGAGCUACCUGAUCUUCUGGUCACUUUUCAACCUGGCGGUUUUCCUUAUAAUGGUAGCCAUAUACCUAAGGAUAUAUGUCUAUGUGAGGAAGAAAACAACUGUCUUAAAUGGUCAUGCCACUGGAUCUUUGAAACGCAAGAAGACGCCAAUCAAACUCAUUAAAACAGUGAUGACUGUAUUGGGGGUUUUUGUGAUCUGUUGGACACCUGGCCUUGUGGUGCUGCUCCUGGACGGCUUAAAAUGCGAACAAUGUAAUUUGCUGAAGUUUAAGCGCUGGUUUCUUCUUCUGGCUGUCCUCAACUCUGUGAUGAAUCCUAUCAUAUACUCCUACAAGGACGAUGAGAUGUGGACCACCAUCAAGAAUUUGCUGCGAUGUGUCUGUAACGGCACCCGUCGCCAGAGGUCAUCUAGGGUCAACACUCGUACUACCACCUCGACUACAGAAAUGAACACCAGUAUUCGUGUUUCAGAGGAGAAAAACACAACACCGGACAAUUUGAAGACCUAAGAGCUCUGCUUUGUUACAUAGGUAUUGAUAUUCAGAGCAGUGAAUUGUUAUGUACAGUUUUUGUUUCUUAUUUUAAAAUUCUUAUGCAAAAAAAAAAAAAAAAAUCCCACCGGUUGUUUUAAAUAGUGUGAUUUGUUAUUAGCAAGAGACUUAAACAAUCAUUAGACCCUGGAGAGAAUGUCAGAAAAUAAAGCCCAAUCACAUUUUUUUUCUUUUUGACCUCAAUAAUCUGUUAGUACAUUCAGGGUUUUUUUUUUUACAGUGGCACUGCAGUUGUAUGAUAUGUUAACCUUGAGCCUGAGUUGAAUUUUUUUUACUAUUAUAAUUAUUAUUAUUAUUUUAUAUAUGAGGUACUUCAAGUCAGUGUCUUUUAAGUCUAACAGUUUUUAUGAUAUCUGUAAAAAUGAAAUGCACAAAUAACCAGAACUAUGGAUUUAUAACUACUGUAUUUUAUUUUAAAGCUAAUUGUCUUGGUGGUUGGUAUAAAGUGCAAUUUGUUCAUACAAAUGUAUUUCUCAGUUUUAUGUGGACUCAGCAAAGGCCACAAAGCCAGACGUACGUUAAGAGCGAUCUCCACUGUGUCAUCGACUAGAGGAAUAGACUGAAAUCUUCAAUGUAUCAGAGACCAAAAACAAGACCUGACAACAAGACUAGACAAUUUCUGUCUCAUUUAGAGCUUUAAUACGAGCCUUUAACAAAUCAUUAAUUCAUGCAUUCAAGGUUGCAGUCCUUAUACACCCUUACACGGGAAGCCAGUCUCUUGCAGGCUUUUCAGACUAUUAUUCAGUUCUCUCUGCAUGCCGUGACAAGUCCCUACGAUAUGUUAUUACAUCUACAGUCAUAGUUUUACCACGCAAAAAGAACUGUUGUGCAACCUGCAUGAAAACAUAUACGGUAAGACAAUCCUGCUUCUCGUGUUUAAGCAAGUCUUUCCCACAUUCCCAUGUAGUAAAGCUAAUAUGGUCAUCGGCACAUUGCAAGGACAAUGCUGUAAAAAAAUAAGUCAGCAAUCAAAGGAUUUCUUUUCUUUGGUGUUGCAUUUAGAAUCCGAAGCAAAGAGAAACACCAGUGCAACUGCAGGCAUAGCUGCAAACCUGUUUUUCCUCUUUAGUCGGUAGGAUGGUCUCAGAUGCGUUAGUCAUUACACAAGUCUGAAGCAAUGCUUGAUGUGGCUGAUUAUGAGUCUGGCCGGUAAUGCAACAUUCUGGGUUAUUGCAUGCUUACCCUAUGCCAUGCCGUACUAAAUCUCAUGAGCUUUUGUACAGAAUAUUGUCGAAUAACGACCUUUACUGUCUCUUUUAGAAUUAAAUUCCGAACCUUUUUAGCAUGAUCUCAUGCAACUCCUCAUCAUGUGAGUCAUGUCAAUUUGUCACAUUAAUAUAAUGCAUGAUUAAGCGUAUGUAAAGACUGUAAUUAAGACCAACCGCAGACUGAAGGCCAGACGUGAGAAAAUUUUCUCUUAAAAUCUUCUGCACACAAAAAGUUUUGACAUACAGAAGAAAAAAAACCCACAAUUUCCUUGCUUACAGAAUCAUUCGGUGGGUUGUAUCUUUAGAUGUCAAGGUGAAUUGAUCCUUUUGAGUCUGGCUGCUUUCCUGUUCACUAUAAUUUCCUAAUUGACUGCAUUCAGAGAGAAGUUCUGAUGUUUGGUUGCUAUGGUACCUCUGAUGUAUCUAUCCAGUGAGGAUAGAAGAGCAGAGCUUAUCUGAACAGAACCUCAGAAAUAAAAGCAGAGACAAACACAUUCCUUUUACAUUUGCGCACAGAUCAGACUGCAGAUAACAUGCUGUCUUGAAAAAAAAAGAAAGGGCAUAGUUCUAGCAUGUCCAACAUUGCUCAAAGGAAAUGUAUUUUCCCAUGCUAAGUGAGCUCGGUACAGUAAGAAACUUAAAUGAGGAACUGUGCCAUUCACCGGACAUCCCCUAUGUUCCCUGUGUGACCGCAUUAAGCAUCCAGGCAGUUCUAGUCCACUAAGAGAUCACUAUUCCACUGAACACAGGUUUGCUCCAUGAUAUGUCUCCGACUACACCUUCUCUGGCUCAUGCUCCAACUAGUCUUAAGAAAGCUUGUAGCUUAGGGACAACCUCACUCACUCAAACCCCAGACUUACCCAUUUGUAGUCAAGAAUUUUGUCCCCAAGAACCACAUUCCAUCCAUGCCAUAUUAUGAAACUUCCGUUGUUGAUAAUGGAGAAUAUUUCCGGUGCUCAGCCAAUGACAUCUCACCUCCUGAAUGUCUUGCAGACAAAACAUUUCACCACAUCCAUGUGAGAGCAGGUAAUACAAUGUGUACACACAUUCCAGCUGCUCUGGGACCCACUCUAAAAAAUGAUGUCAUGAAGAGGUCCCAAACCACGACACCUUCUGUAGUCUCACUAUUUAUUUUGAUCUAAUCCAAAUUGUUGCUUACAAUCAGAGUUAGUCUUUUGUACCAACCCCAGGCUCCUGGGAGAGUUCAUUACUUCAACCAAAAGCUUUUCAGGACACUGAAGACAUUUCCAGUAAAUUACAUGCAUAACACACUUACAGUAUGCACUAUACGGGUGUUUAUCUUUGUAAUGCAUUUUAGCCCAUGAGUCACCACUGAAGGUUGAAAAGUGAAAGCACCUGUAACUUUAUUCAGAUUUGUCAGACAAAUGAAGAUUUUAAAGACAGACCGAACUCCCGCCAUCACAUAAAGAGCUUCCACGUUUUUCUCAUCGUGUUCUGGAACUGCUAGAACUGAACCACAGCCCCCCCUGGAGAACAAGGGCAGUCCAACGUACCUCAUCUUUGGGUUGCACGAGUAUGUUUCUCCAAAUGAACUUAAUGUAUUUAACAUACUUGCAGUGCAUGUAUUAACUUCAAAUGUAUACUGAAAUUGUAUUCGAAACUAUUGUUAAGCAAAAUAAUGUUUUGCUUUGUUUUUUUUUUAACUAAAAUUAUUGGAGUGCACAGAAACCACAUGAACAAUAUUAGUAGUUUGCUGCAAGGCUGUUGUUGGCGGUAAUUAGCUUUUUUUUUACAUUAUUGAUUAAAUCCACCAGGUUCCCCAAUCAUCUUCACUUCCCCAAGGUUGCAAGGUUCCUACUGUUGUUCUUAUACCUGAACACUGUAAAUAAACUAGCACAAGGAUCCACACACCUUUAA